AUGGAGGUGUUGAGCCAGGGAAUACAGUCGACCUCUUGUCCAUUGCGCUCCUUGUGCCUAGACGAGGUCGAGUGUGCUGAUCAUAUGCAAACAGAAAAUGAGAACAGCAGAAGUGGGCCCUUGUUCAUGGCACUGGCGAAGAAUCCCACACUGGAAAAUGUUGGUUUUAUUUCGUCCUUCAAUCAUGCUCAGAAUGUCACGUUGUUUAACCUUUUUCUACCAGAUGUCAAAUACCCAGCUGCCAAGAUGGAAGACACUGGACUUGGAAGGUGCCAAUUUGGGGAAGUCUGCACAAAUACAGAGCCGAGGGGUGUAGUGCUUGUGGAUCGCCUGGCAGGCGUGCUAAGUCAUCAGCACUGCAACAUUGUCGACCUGUGCCUCGACGGGUGCAAGCUCGGAUUCCGUUAUCCACUCCACAUCGACGAGGCAUCCUCCAAUCGCUAUUGA